AUGCGACUAUUGGGAAGUUACCCACCGACCCGCAUCGCGCGCAGCCAGACUACGAUCUCAUUACGAGGCGGAUAUCUGGUGUCCAGGUCAAUCGAGAUCCCCUACGAGACGCAACGGCGAAACGUACAUCUUGCCCAGAUACAGAAGGCACAGGAAGCGCUCCUCGCCGUGGACAUCGAAUCGGAUCCCCAGAAUAUCACUCUAACCUCACGACUCGACCAUCUCACCUACGUCACGCUACUCGCUUACGAAAAGGGCAUUAAGCCGAUUGACCUCCAAAACUCCACGUUCUCCACGAAAUGGGGAAUGCCGUCGGCCAUCUUCUUCACCACCACCGUACUCACGUCCAUAGGAUAUGGUCACCUGAUUCCGAUCUCCACGAAGGGCCAGAUAUUCUGUAUGGCGUACGCUUUACUUGGAAUCCCCCUAACGCUGAUCACCAUCGCGGAUGUGGCGAAAUUCUUCUCGGAUCGUCUGGGCGGAAAGGAUGAUCCUUUUGCUGAGGUAGCAGCGAAUCGUCGUAUCCAAGUAAUUGGGGUCCUGAUGCUCUACAUGGCCAUCUGGGCGUGGAUCUUCAUCAGGCUUGAAGACUGGAACUUCCUGGACUCCUUUUAUUUCUGCUUGGUGUCGCUGCUCACCAUCGGCUUCGGCGACAAAGUUCCAACCGGAAAAUCGGAGCUCGACGUGGCGAUUUCCACAGCGUUUUUGUUUAUCGGCCUCGUGCUCACCACCCUGACCGUGGAGGUGGUCGGCUCGGUGGCGAUUGAGAAAAUGCACAGCCUCGGCAUCUCCGACUUCUUCAAGGGGCGCCACACCUUCGCCAUGUUCAGGAAAAUCCGCCCCGACGAUUCGAAAGAACUCUGGUUCGCCUACGUGCCGAAAGACGCGGGCCGGAUCCCGUACAUCGACGAGUCGGCACGAGACUCCGUCCGCAACGCCAAGCUCUUCGACUAU